CACGUGACAUGGAUAUUUUUAGCUUUCGACCCUUGACCCAGAUUUCAAUUGACCUAUUUCUCACCUGUGAAAAAUGGCUGUUCUGAGCAAAAUAGUUGAGAAGGCCACCCCCAAAAACUCGGCUAUCGCCGCAGGUGGAGUUGUAGCGUUUUAUUGGCUUUUGCAGAAGACUAAGAAAAAACCAAGGAAGGUUGUUAAGGAUGAUGAUGAACCAGCAUUCAAAGUUGUUCUUGCUGAGGACAAACAACGAAGGUUUAAAGACAAGGCAGCUGUGGAUGCCACAUUUUUCAAGAGAAUAGUCGCAAUUCUCAAGAUUCUUGUUCCAAACUUCUUCUCACCAGAGACUGGCUUCCUCUCAUUAGUAGGUCUCUCCCUUAUUAUUAGGACCUAUUGCGAUGUGUGGAUGAUUCAGAAUGGAACUGCCAUUGAAAGUGCCAUCAUUGGAAGAGACAUGAGUUUGUUCAAGAAGCAUUUGUUCAAGUUCAUCUACGCCAUGCCAGGAAUUGCACUCAUAAAUAAUAUGUUGAAAUUUGGUCUGAAUGAAUUAAAGCUGCGCUUUAGGACAAGACUAACAUACUAUCUCUACAACAAAUACCUCAAUGGCUUUACAUAUUACAAAAUGAGUAACCUAGACAACCGAAUAUCCAACCCAGAUCAACUGCUGACACAAGACGUGGAACGUUUCUGUAACAGUAUCGCCGACCUCUAUUCAAAUCUUAGUAAACCUAUACUAGAUAUCAUCAUCUAUUCUGUUCGUCUGGCUGGUGCGAUAGGUGCACAGGGUCCAGGUUGGAUGUUGUUAUAUUUAGCUGUCUCUGGAUUGAUUCUGACAAGAGUUCGCCGACCGAUUGGUAAAAUGACGGUACAAGAGCAGCGCUUCGAGGGAGAGUUCCGAUACGUUAAUUCUCGCCUGAUCACCAACAGUGAGGAAGUCGCGUUUUAUCAAGGACAGAAGAGAGAAAAGGCUACCAUUAUUGCUGAAUUUGCAAAACUUGUGAAACAUCUCCGUGAUUUCAUUUCAUUCCGGUUCAACAUGGGAAUGGUGGACAGCCUCGUAGCAAAGUACUGUGCGAUGGUGGUGGGUUACAUAUCAGUCAGUCGACCAUUCUUGGACCUUGCCCAUCCUCGCCAUAUGAAUAGUUCACACACUGAACGAUUAGAGGAUUACUACAAGAGUGGUCGUAUGUUGGUGCGGAUGGCAGAGGCGAUCGGGCGUGUGGUCCUUGCUGGAAGGGAAAUGACAAGAUUAGCUGGUUUCACUCAGAGGAUAACGGAGUUGAAUCGGGUGCUAGAUGACUUGAACAAGGGGAAGUAUGAGCGGACAAUGGUGUCGGAUUCCAGGAGACCUGAUGAUGGGGCAGUUGUAAGCCACAGAACCUCAUUGAAGCCAGGAUCUGGAAUGAUCAAUGUUAAGGACUAUAUCAUCAAUUUUGACCGUGUUCCUCUGGUGACUCCAAAUGGUGAUGUGCUCAUUGAUGAGAUGUCUUUUGAGGUGAAGUCUGGUGUUAACGUGUUGGUGUGUGGACCUAACGGGUGUGGAAAGAGCUCGUUAUUCAGGAUUCUGGGAGAGCUUUGGCCAUUAUUCGGAGGGACGCUUACGAAACCUGCUGGUACCAAUCUCUUCUAUAUACCUCAGCGGCCCUACAUGACCCUGGGCACCCUGCGCGACCAAGUCAUCUACCCGGACAAUCACAAGGAGCAGAAGAACAAGAACAUCGCUGAUGACGAACUGAAGGAAUACUUAGACAAGGUGCAGCUUGGCUACAUCUUGGAGAGGGAAGGUGGUUGGGAUGCCACCCAGGACUGGAUGGAUGUACUCAGCGGUGGAGAGAAGCAGAGGAUCGCUAUGGCCCGUCUCUUCUACCACAAGCCCCAGUUUGCCAUUCUUGACGAGUGUACCAGUGCGGUCAGUGUGGAUGUCGAGGGAUACAUGUACCAGCAUUGUAGAGAGGUUGGAAUCACACUUUUCACAGUCUCCCAUCGAAAGUCACUCUGGAAACAUCAUGCUUAUUACCUUCACAUGGAUGGCCGCGGUGCGUAUGAAUUCAAAGAAAUCACAUCCGAUACGCAGGAGUUUGGAUCUUAAUGGUGAUUGUCUCGUAGAAACACUGUGAUUUUAGUCUGACCUUACUUUUAUUUGGCAGAGAUGUGAUUUAUCUCAGUUCUUGGGGCAGCUUUUGUCAGAAUUGCACAAUGAUGUUAUACAACAUGCACUCUCAUUGGAAGGGAGUUUAACCUGGUCCAAAUGGCCUCAGUAGUGUGUCAGGCUUUAUUUGGAGUAUUGUUAAACUUUUAAGCAUGGGCAAUGCAGCUCUGUGAUCUGGUGGGCUGUUUUAUAACAUGACGUGUGAUGAAUGUGUGCUAGUUGAAGUUGGACGUUUGUAGGCAAUCCCACGGCUUCACUUUAGAAUGUGAAGCAUUCAGGUGCAAUGUCACUUUUUAGAAGUGUAUGUUCACUGAGUGGAUUACCGGUAGUGACUGAUAGAUCAUGCUAAAUAAUCUUUUGUCAAAACCUUGUGAUCUCCACUGGAACCUAAUUGCUGGCCUUGCUUAAACACAAUGUUUGCUAUCCUAUAUAGCACAUAAAGCUGGUCAGAUUACAAACGAAUCUUCUGAUGACUUCUUGCAAGAACGUCACCAGCUGUGCUGAUCUUUGGACCCCACCUCAGUGGGCCAAGUGGCUGAAAUUUCUUUCAUGUGCUUUAUACACAAUCUACAAUGUAAUGGACCAAUAAGUUAUUUGAUGUCGGUGAUGAAUAAGUUAGAUACAUGUGGACCUCCAUAAUGUGAACCUCGGUACCUGUAGCACCUACAGAAUACAAUUCAAUGCAUGAACAUGUAUGUAUUGUUGCAGUUCAUACUUGCAUGAAACCUGUAUCAUUCUAUUGUAAAUAAUUAACCUUUUUGUAAAUUAAAGAAGUAAUUUAAUAAAGGGUAAAAUUUAUUGAAAA